UUCUCCCCUUCCACUGCAUCUCGUUGGAUCAACAUCCUGUUCUUCCUCAGUCUCAUCUUCGGCCUCGCAGCCGCACUGUUCAGUAUCCUGGCCAAGCAGUGGAUUCGCGAGUACCUCAAGUGGAACUCCCCGCUUGCGCUCCCGCGCGAGAAUAUCCUUGUCCGUCAGCUGCGCAUUGAGGCAUGGGAGGACUGGCAAGUCUCCUCGGUUCUCUCAUCUAUCCCGAUUCUCCUCGAGCUUGCUAUGGCCUUCUUCCUCGCCGGCGUCGUCAUUCUCCUAUGGACUCUCGACGAUAUCGUCGCUCGUAUCAUCACUGUCUUUGCCUCGCUCUUCCUCGGAGCGUUCGCUACGUUCACAGUGAUGCCGAUAGUGUCGAAGCGCUGCCCCUAUAAGUCGCCAACGGCAUGGGCAUGUCUCGUGGCGGCGCAU